AUGCGACACCCGCCUAUUUGCCCGACCUUACCUUCUUGCUGCUCCGCCAACAAUCAAAUGCCUUCUUCAAGCACAAGACGAGCCUGCACGAUAUGUCGCCGCCGCAAAGUUAAGUGUGACGGCUUGCCGACCUGUCGAAACUGCCAGGCCGCCAAUGCCCCUUGCCAAUACCCUCCUCCAAGGAGACGGGGUCCAAAACCGGCCAAGUUGCUGGACAAUCGCCCGAGACAGCCUCUUAACACAACAUCCCCGGCCGCUGAUCAACCCAGAGAAGCGAAGUGCCUGGCCAGUCCGACUGUAAAUGUAUCUUCCUCGUCUCCAGUCUUUGACAGCUCGCUUGUCGGCGGUUUAUCUCCAAGUCUGUUGUUUGAACCACCGGACAUCCAAUCACAAACUGUUGUCAGGGUUCAUCUAGAACUUCUGACGGGGCUUUCAGCUGCCUCGCCACCAAUAACAGCGGCUACAAUCGCUGACCAGUGUAUAUCCCUAUAUACUCAAUACGUUUUUGGGGCUAUCCCAAUAUGCCAUGAAGCAACGUUGCGAGCGGGUGUCAGUCGAUUUUUUAUCCCGUUUCCGAUCGUGAGGAACACAGACGACGAUCACGCGUGGGCUUUACACUCAUUUGCCGCUGAUGAUGAGCAAGAGCGGUUCAAGGUCCUUAGAAAUUUCACACUACUUACCGCUCUAUGCGCAGUCGUCUCUUACGCCGUCCCUGAGACUCUUCUGCCUAGUAAACAACUCACUGCCCAAUUGUUCCUCCGGGCAUCACGGAAUAUGCUCGCAAUUUACGAGGACUACGAUUUGGAGCAGCCCAAUUCAUCGUCUCUUAGUAUCCGUUUGCUACUUUCUUCAGCCAUACAACAGGCCACAGGCAAGAACGGGCUGUCGAUCAAUAUUCUUAACCAGGCGGGUCUCCUCGCAAUGCGAAUGCGGCUCUACGACGAAACUUCGCUGGAGGGAAAAGACCCUAUCGAAGAGACGAUCCUCCGCAACGCUUUCUGGCAGCUGUAUGUCUGCGAUAAGACGGCCAUGGUUAUGAGGAAUCGUCCGGUGAUGAUUCAUGAAACGUUAUUUGAGACCGCAUUUACUCUUAAGACACACUCAACUAGCUCUGUACCUCUAUUCGACCAUAUUCAGGGAUUGAAUGGCAGUGAGGUAGAGAACCGUCUUUUGGAGGGAUUUCACGUCAUCCGUCGACUAUGGACCAUAGCUGCCGAUGUGACCCAAGCCAUGAAACUAAAGUUCAGCAGGAGUUUGACGUCGCAUGCAGUCAGAGAAAACCAUGGCGAGAGCAUCUCGAAGUUAUCGGAGGCAUAUCUUGAAAUGAUAAAUUUGACCAACAACUUCCCUGUCACGGCCGAUUUACCCGGAGAGUCACCUAUUUAUUCUAUUCAAGUUGGAGCGCAACAUCCGUCUGAUAUUCUGCAGCGCCAGCGAACUACUUAUCUUCUCACCAUCCACACGAUCAAAAUCUUCCUACUAAACUCUGCGAUUCAAUGUGACAUGCCCCAGGUCAUGGGACUCAGUGCAGAGCCACAAGUGCUUGCCAUAAGGCAGAUAGAGCUGACCCAGGAUUUCAUAAACACGCUCAAGAGCGUUCCAUUUUUACAUCUCCAGGCCGAGGGGGAGCAUUGUGCUGAAAAGAUAAGACAAAUCGGCAGUAACCUACUCGAACUGGCACAUGAUGCAGAAAGUGACCGAGUCAAAUGUCAGGCGGAGCAGUGUGCUAUGCGUCUGAUUGACAUAUUGGCUCGCUUGGAUUCAAAAACUUCUGAAGUACUCGGACAAGAAACUGGUCUUUAG